AUGGUUAAAAACAAUUUUUCAAAGAGUUGAUUGAUCAAACACUCCCGAUGGAAAAUAUAUGAGGAGUAUUCUCACUUUGUUUAUCGAGUACUGUUUGCAAGAAGUUUAUUUCUCCAAAAAUGAGAUUUCCAUUUAAUAAAUGUUUCCGAAAAAAGGAACCAGAAAUGAAGCCAGGAGCAAUUCUGGAUCAAGUUAUUUCCCAGUCAUCGGCAACGGCUAACAGAUGCCUUCUCUAUAAGUUAGCCGACUACAAAAGAGGAGGAGAUUUGAUAGAUGCUAUCAAUACUGGCGGUUUGGUUGCGGUGGAACAACUGAUUAGAGAACAAUUUGGAGUUUUCAUGUAUAACGAGGGCAAGGGACAGGUCAUUAAUAGACCAGAAUUCCUUUGCUGGAAGUACAGGGACCACACUGAGGUGAGGAUUCCAAUUGAGGCGUCUCUUUCAAUACACGAUCCAUUGGGAAAAUGGAAAGACCACAAAGCGUGUUGGCAGAUGCAGUAUCGAGGUGCUCUGGGAGAGAGUCUACUGCAUGUCUUGAUAAUAUGUGAUUCAAAAAUUCAUACAAAAUUAUCGCGAAUAUUGCUGCGUGUCUUCCCCAAUCUAGCUUUGGACGUGAUGGAAGGCGAAGAGUAUUUGGGUGCGAGUGCUUUGCAUUUGGCAAUCGCCUACAGCAACAAUGAGUUGGUAGCUGAUCUGAUUGAAGCUGGGGCAGAUAUAAAUCAACGAGCUAUUGGAAGUUUCUUCCUUCCAAGAGACCAACAAAAAUCAAAUCCUGCCAAGACAACGGACUAUGAAGGUUUGGCCUAUAUGGGGGAGUAUCCGUUGGCAUGGUCUGCGUGCUGUACAAACGAGAGCGUCUAUAAUUUACUCCUAGACCAUGGAGCUGAUCCCGAUGCACAAGACUCAUUUGGAAAUAUGAUUCUGCAUAUGGUUGUUGUGUGUGAUAAAUUGGACAUGUUUGGUUAUGCCUUGCGGCAUCCGAAAACACCCGCAAGAAACGGCAUAGCAAAUCAUUCUGGACUCACGCCCCUUACGCUUGCCUGCAAGCUGGGACGAGCAGAGGUUUUCCGUGAGAUGUUGGAGCUAUCGUCUCGUGAAUUCUGGCGUUACAGUAACAUCACUUGUUCUGGAUAUCCUCUUAACGCUCUGGACACUCUACUACCAGAUGGACGGACAAAUUGGAACUCAGCAUUAUUCAUUAUUUUGAAUGGAACAAAAGAAGAGCAUUUGGAUAUGCUUGACGGAGGCAUCAUCCAACGUCUUUUGGAGGAAAAAUGGAAGACAUUUGCUCGCAAUCAAUUCUUAAAACGUCUUCUCAUUCUUUUUAUACAUUUAUUUUUUCUUUCCAUCUCGGUUUAUCUGCGUCCCGUGAGAACUGACUUGGCCAGUGAAGACGCUGAUCCUGAAGAUCCCGAUGAAAAUGGUGGAAUUGAGCAGUCUGCAGACGCACAAAAUAUUCUUCGAUAUUGUGCCGAAAUUGCCACAAUUGCUGGGGUCUUGAGUUAUGUCAUCUUUCAGCAAGGUGACGAGGUUAAGAAUCAAGGACUUUCUGCAUUCCUUAAACAAUUGUCACAUGCACCAGCUAAGGCUAUAUUCCUGCUUUCCAACCUUCUGAUCUUAGCUUGCAUACCAUUCCGGAUGAUGGGCGAUAUUGACACGGAGGAGGCUAUAUUGGUAUUUGCUGUUCCUGGAAGUUGGUUUUUGUUGAUGUUUUUCGCUGGGGCAGUUCGUUUGACUGGACCUUUUGUAACUAUGAUCUAUUCUAUGUUGACGGGAGACAUGUUCACGUUUGGCAUAAUUUACGCCAUUGUAAUCUUCGGCUUCUCCCAGGCUUUCUUCUUUCUUUUCAAGGGGCACCCUCAGUUGCAGUCAACUAUGUUCAACACAUUCCCUAGCACUUGGAUGGCUUUGUUUCAAACCACUUUAGGAGACUAUAAUUACCCGGACUUAAAUCAGACUUCCUAUCCGAAUUUGGCCAAAACCGUUUUCGUAACGUUUAUGAUUUUCGUACCGAUUUUGCUGCUGAACAUGUUGAUUGCUAUGAUGGGCAACACUUAUGCCCAUGUCAUUGAACAAUCUGAAAAGGAAUGGAUGAAGCAGUGGGCGAAAAUUGUUGUCACUCUAGAACGAGCAGUUCCCCAGACCGACGCCCAGAAGUACCUUGAAGCUUAUUCAAUUCCUCUGGGGGUUUCUGAUGAUACUGGCUUCGAGCAGAGAGGUGUAAUGGUCAUAAAGAGUAAAAAUAAAACCAGAGCGAAGCAGAGGAAAGGCGCUGUUUGCAAUUGGAAGCGAGUAGGCAAAGUAACAUUGAAUGCUCUUAAAAAACGCGGCAUGACUGGAGAACAAAUGCGUCGUCUUAUGUGGGGGCGAGCAUCAAUUUCGAGCCCGAUCAAAAUUACCAAAAAGAAACUAAAGGAUCCCUACAACCUAAAUCCUCAGCCAGGCUUUGAAAAUGCACUUAACGUCAUAAACUUUGGUCAAGCUUCUGCGACCACUAAUAUAAUGGACAAGUCGUUCGUUAGUGAUCCAUUCAGGGAUUUGGUCUUACAUUCCGAACUAUCAGAUGGAACUGAUCCUAAUUACAAAAAGUGUUUGGAAAAGUUGGCUAUUCAAGCUCGGACUCUGGUUGAACAAAAUUUGAAUACUGAUGGUAAACCAAUUGAUACCAAGGCUGUUCCUGUGCACGAAACGAAACCGAUAACACAGCCAGUAGGGACGGUGGCUGCGAAGACUGCACCAGCGGCUGCCGUGGCCGCGGCGUUGCCAAAACAAGAUCCAGAAAAUCCUGAAAUUUUGCAUAACUUAUUUCAAGAUCCAAAAUUUGCCGUAGAUCCGGUUAAGUUGGAAGAAUUUUAUAAAAUGCUUGAAGAAAUCGAUACCGAAGAGAGCGAUGCUGGUUGCAGACCAAUUUUGGGCAAGUUGUCUUUGGUGGGAAGAACUAAAAAUGCACUUUCAAGACCAGAAGCUGUCAAGAGUAUGGCUGGCGUUGGGUUUGAUGAGCUUGCUCGGGAUAUAUGGAAUACGCCAAAUAAGGAGGAAUCAUCUAGUCAAAGUGAAGAGAAAGAACAACAGGAAGAAGAAUUUAGUAUUACAAUUGAAGAUGAACCGAAACUUAUUGAACAAUCUUCAGAAACCGAACAGGAAACAGGAAAUGAAGAAAUAGUUACUGCUCAGGAUGUACAUCGGGCAAUGGCACAGCUUCAUCUCAAGAGAAGACAAUUCCCUCAAGACGAUGCAACUCGACGAGCUAAAAGCGCAAGGAUUCGCAAAAAGAACAAAGUAUGUCCCGAAAAUAUUGAGAAUGCACAAUAUCGUCAGCAAUCAGCUCCUUUUGAUAAACUUGGCAGAAGACAAACUUCUCAGGAUCCCCUUGAGCCCUGGAGCACUCGUGAACUAGGAGAUAUCAAUAAAAUUUUGGGCUACAAAUAAGUUAAGAAUUUGUAAAGAAUUUCAUUGUAAAAUGCGUUUAAAUAAAACAAAACAAUGCACACGA